AUGCCUCGAAAGCGUACUCACGACGAGAUGGAUGCUCAAGAGCCGGAGGAAAAGAAGUCAGAGCCUUCUCUACUCCAUAGGAUUCGAAAUAUGUGGGAAUUUGCUUCCGUGAUGCAAUAUAUCUUCUUGUUUGGCAAAGCUGUGAAGAUCGACGAGGACUUUGACAUCGAGGAUUUCGAGAAUGAGUGCCUGAAGCCAGGCUACUCCGAAAAACUUGAAGAAAUUGGCCUCACCCUUCUGAAAUGGAUCUCAUCGCACCGCGGGCUCAACUAUGACAUCUGGGAUGAAUAUACUCGGCGGCAGUAUCUGGCAAAGGCACCUCACCUCAACCCGUACGGUGAUGACGAGGAACCCAAACGGUUUCGAGACUUCGAUAUCUUCACCAAAAUCAGAAUUCUACACCAGCUGACGGUGUGGACAUUCUGGAAUCCGGAUCGCAUGAGGGAAAAGAUGACUGAACAUCAACGUGAGGUAGAUCAGCAGGAGUGGCGCAUUGAAGAAUUUGGAUAUGACAGAGAAGACCGACAAUACUACCUCCUUGAUGACAAUCGAUUCUACCGACGCACUGAGCCUCCCUUACCAUCAGCUCCGAAAGCAAAACCGAAAGCAAACUCGAAGAAAGCAAUCGCGGCUAGACGACGGGAGAACAAGCGAAGAAAGCUGGAGUCCGAAACACCAGGUGUCAAAGCCGAGGAUCAAGAAAAUGUUGAGGAGAACGGAAUUGUUGAAGAGAAGAAGCUGGAAAGCUGGGAAAUCGAUACGUUGGGUGGUUUUAAAUGGGAGUGUCUCGCCAUCACCCUCUCCGACUAUCAAGACCUCUGUGAGUCCUUCAGGAAGUCUAAAGAUCCAAACGAGAAGGCUUUAAGAGAACGACUCAUCACGGAAGUGAUUCCAAUUAUUGAGGCCGCCGAAGAGAAACAACGUCGGAAGAUGGAAAGACGCGAACGAGAGCUUUUGAUGAUGGAAAGAAUGGUUGGAGCGAAACGAUCAAGUCGACUAGCAGACAAACAGGAACGCGAACGGCGAGAUGCCGAACAAGCCGAAGUGGAACGCAAGAGACAGGCCGAUUUGGUGGCUGCUCGUAAGGAACAGGAGAGGCAAGAAAAGAUAGAGCAAGAAAGACAAUACCGACUGAUGACCCGAGAGCAACGAAUCAAAGACCGUGAGUACAAGCGACUGCUCAAAGAAGAGGAACUGGCAAGAGACGCCCUCGAGCAGCAGAAAAUUGAAGAAGGCCAGUUGAGGGGUUCUGGCCGACAUCUCAAGGAACGAAUCGAAAGAAAUAAGAAAGAGCUGGAGGAUCUCAAUGCUGACGAGGAAUGGACCUUUGACUGUUCCGGUUGCGGAAUGCAUGGCAAGAACUUGGAUGAUGGCUCUCACAGUGUUGCUUGUGAACGAUGUAAUGUUUGGCAACACAGCAAAUGCUUGGGAAUCUCGAAAUCUGCAGCCGAGAAUGACGACUUUCAUUUCGUGUGCAAAGACUGCAAACGAAGGGAGGAGGAUGCAAAGAAGCCAAAGAUUUCACUCAAGUUCAAGGUUGGAACAUCAUCGUCGCCAGCGCCACCAAGUCCAGCACCGAAACCUUCAUCGCCUCGAAAAUCCAAAUAUGCCGGUGUUGAGAUUCCUAAAUCAAACACCGUCCGACCACCCAGUCCAGGCUCGAUGGCAAAUGGGCAUCAAUUUCAACAAUCAUCGCCGUCUUCUCAGUCAGGAAGUUCUCCUUACCGUCCACCACAUGGGUUCAUGCAAUAUCCUCACAGCUCACCUCAACAUGCAUAUCUUGGUCCUCAACCUCGACCCUCUUCAUCAAGUCCUCCACAGCCAUACUCUUCAGCUCCAGGAUUCAACUCUCGGCCGCCUUCUUCUGGAUGUGGCUAUCCCGUACAACCUGCACAACCGCGCAAUUCUCACCAAGGUCCUGCUUCAAGCCCACCACCUCAAAUGGUAGGCUAUCAUCAGCCCUAUCACAAUGGCAUACAAUAUCAAUACCAAAAUUAUCCCGGCCAACGGCCAUUGGCGGCGGCACAGAACACUCCGCGUCAGCCUCCGCAAGCGUCUGCGAAUACAAAUGGACAGCCUAUGACCAACACGGGACGACUUCCAUCACCUGUCCUUCAUCCGCCAACGAUAUCUCCUACACAAGGCAAUAUGGACGUGGGUCCUGUGGCUGGUAUCCCGCAAAAUUCGCCAUCAUUGACGCAGUCGACAAUAAAUGGGUCCGUCGGCUCCGUCAACGGCUAUGUCCAAAGGACUGCAAAUGGUAUCUCGCCGCAACCACAAGCCACACCUGGACCGCCGAUUCAGUCCCGAUCGGCACAGAGUCCCACCACAGCCUCCCAAGCUCUCUCCGGCCUUUCGCCUAAGAAGCAACAAAGUCCGGUUCCGUCGUCCUCUCCAGCUCCUAUACCCUCACACGAGUCUAGCAGCAUGUCCCCAUCCUCGCCGACCGCUUCUCGACAGGUACAGUCCGUUGGGGCUGGCCCCAGAGAGCGACGGAGUGUCAGUGGAACCCCUGUUCUUCCUCCGGUCGAAAACCUAAGACCAAGUCCCGAGCAGUUGCGGAACAUGAGCAGUACGGAGCCCGUGCCGACGCCCAGAAAGCAGCUUCAACCUGGCGCACAACCGGGCAUGGAAACGGAAAAUGGAAUCAAGCCAGGAGAUGAUGCCGCCGCGAAUCCCGCGGGCACAGCAGCAGGUCAAGAUCCUGGGAUACAGUCGCAAUCCCAAUCGCACUUACAGCGUGAUGCAUUUCUGGCUGUGCCCAGGGGGCGAUUGACGAAUUAG